UGGUAUCCCAUGAUUCAUUGCGAAAAGAAUAGGUCCCAGUUAUUUGUAUCCAUAGGUGUUCUUGCUGCGCGCCGGUGGCAGUUAUUACGCUAAUCUUUAGUGUAACGUUUUUCUGUUAACCGUAUUUAAUGGGCUUUUACUCGGAUAAACCAUAGUAUUAUCAGACGCUGGGCUUUAUUUUACACUUGAUAACAGGUUCCUGUAUAUUUCAGGAUGUCUUACCCUCCUCCGCUCAACCGCCAGCAGAUCGGCAUCCCGCAGUUACCUCCCAGGAUCCCACCUCCUCAGUAUGCGGGAUUUGCCCCGGGUGUCCCGCCAGGUACUCCCAUGAUCCCGGUUCAUAUGGGUGUCGUGACCCCUACAACCACAGUUCUUGUCCCGACCACAGUCGCUGUCGCACAUAAACCGAUGCUUCUAAAGAAGGAGCCUAACAUCAGAGCGAAGGACAUAGACGACAACAGCGGCCCCACCACCACGGUUUUUGUAGGAAACAUCUCUGAAAAAGCAUCAGACAUGUUAGUCAGACAGCUUCUAGCGAAAUGUGGUAUCGUUUUAAGCUGGAAAAGGGUCCAAGGUGCCUCUGGGAAACUUCAAGCCUUUGGGUUCUGUGAGUAUAAGGAGCCUGAAUCAACACUACGAGCCCUCAGACUUCUGCACGAGUUGCUCUUGGGCGAUAAGAAGCUGUUGGUGAAGGUCGAUGCCAAGACCAAGGCCCAGCUCGAUGAGUGGAAGGCCAAGAAGCGGAGUGCCAAUGGGGGAGCCGGUGGUGGGUCAAAGAACGGGGACGACGAUGAGGAGGAGGUCAUCGAUGAAGAAACCCAGCGCCGAGACCAGGUUGUAAAGGGGGCAAUAGAAGUCCUCAUCCGAGAGUAUGCGAGUGAGCUCAAUGCUCCCUCGCAGGACCCUGACAGUCAACCUCGCAACAAGAAGCGUAAAGAGAAGAAAGAGGAGGAGGAUAUCAAUGCCAUGGAGAUGGAGGAUGACAAGAGAGACUUGAUUUCCAGAGAGAUCAGUAAAUUCCGGGACACGCACAAGAAACUUGAGGAGGAAAAAGGAAAGAAAGAAAAGGAGCGACUGGAGGGCGAGAGGGAUAGGAGAGAGAGGGACAAAGAGCGGGAGCGCGAGAGGGAGCGCCGCGACCGCGAGAAAGAGAAGGAAAGGGAGAGAGAGAGGGACAAGGAGCGGGAAAGAGACCGAGAUCGCGACCGCGAACGGGAGAGGGAUCGCGAACGGGAGAGGACGAAGGAGCGAGAGAGGGAGCGGGAGAGGGAGAGGAGUCGAGACGUCAGUGAAGGUCGCAGCAGAUCACGAGAGAGGACUAGAGAAGAUAAAAAACGAGACCGCGAGGAAGACGAGGAGGACGUGUACGAACGGAGGAGACUCGAGAGGAGGCUUAGAGACAAGGAGGCAGCCUACCAAGAACGCCUGAAAAACUGGGAGAUCCGGGAGAGGAAGAAGGCUCGUGACUACAGCAAAGAAACGGAGAGGGAGGAUGAGCGGCGUCGUGAAAUGAUGAAAGAAGCCAAAAGGCUGAAAGAAUUCCUUGAAGAUUAUGACGACGACAGAGACGACCCAAAAUACUACAGGGGCAGCGCUUUGCAGAAGCGACUCCGUGACCGAGAAAAGGAGACGGAGUUGGACGAGCGAGACCGGAAGAGGGAGAAAGAGGAGCUGGAGGAGAUCAGACAGAGGCUUCUGGCUGAAGGCCACCCUGACCCCGAUGCUGAGCUGCAGAGGAUGGAGGAGGAGGCAGAGCGCAGACGGCAGCCUCCUCUGAAGCUUGAACCCGAGGAGGACGUGAUCCAGGAGAAGGCUCACAAGGAUCGGGAUCGGGAGAAGAGAAGUUCAGGGAGGCCCGCGGAGCCGAUGCCCCGAGUCCCCCAGCAGCAUUCGGAUGAUGACGAAGAGGAAGUAGGCGAGGAAGAUGACUACCACGAUGGGGAGGACUCGCAGGAGGCCAAGCCGCAGCUCAAACCCAUCAUGCGACCAAUCACCACCGCUCCCUCAGUGUCCUCUGCCAGUGGGAACGUGACUCCAAACACACCCGGCAACGAAUCUCCCUGCGGCAUCAUCAUUCCCGGCGAAAACACCCCUGAGGUCCAACCUCCGGAGGAACUUCGGCCCAAGAUUGGUCUCAGUCUCAAACUUGGUGCCACCAACAGUCCCAGCCAGCUCAGCGUCGGAAAGCGAAAGAAGCUGGCGACCGUGGAAAGUGUUUUCAACAAGUUUGAUGAGGAGGAGGCCGACGAGCAGCCUCGCAAAAGGAAACUGGUUCCGCUGGACUACGGCGACGACGACAAGAGUCUGGGGCUGGAUGGGGCUGAAAUUCCAGGGGCCAAAGGCAGCGUCAACACAGAGGAGAAACGCAAGCACAUAAAGAGCCUUAUUGAGAAGAUCCCCACAGCCAGGCCCGAGCUCUUCACCUACCCUCUGGACUGGACCAUGGUCGACUCGACUCUGAUGGAUCGUCGCAUUAAACCGUGGAUCAAUAAGAAGAUUAUCGAAUACAUCGGCGAGGAGGAAGCCACGCUGGUUGAUUUUGUCUGUUCAAAGGUGAUGGCACACAGCACCCCUCAGGGUAUUCUUGAUGAUGUUGCGAUGGUUCUUGACGAAGAAGCAGAAGUCUUCAUAGUAAAAAUGUGGAGGCUGUUGAUAUAUGAAACAGAAGCAAAGAAGAUCGGUCUGGUGAAAUAAAGAACACGUGUCUCUCCGUCUGACUUCCUAAGAUCACAGUUCUGCUGGCGACAGUUUUCUGGUCCAGCAGACUGUAAACAACGUGCCCAUACGCCCUCCAUUCCAUCAGCAAGGAGCUGCUGCCUUGAGUGUGUGUGUGUGUGUGUGUGUGUGUGUGUGUGUGUUUGGAAGGGAAAGUCUGAGCUGUGAACAGAAAGGGUUUGCACAAACAUAUUGCAUGAUGAAACUUUGGUUGUAUUUUUUUCCUUUGUUGAAGCUGUUCAGGCAAAAGAUGGUUGCUAUCCCCCCACCUGUUCUCCAAACUGUUGGACUCAGUCUGCUUUGAUUUACUGUUGUCGUGUCGAGGCACUGCUCCAUUGUGUGAACUAAUAAAUAUGCUUUUUUUUAAUAAAA